AUUUAAAAUUUAUCGAUAAUUGAAAUCUCAGUUAUAAUUUUCAAAUCAAUCAACUUUUGUGACAUUAAUUUGUUUAAAAUGUCUAAAACUGAGACAACAACUGAAGCAAAGACAUCAUCAAAGACAGAGUCGACACAGGAAUCAAAACCUGAGUCAAAGUCUGAAACCACUGCAAACCCAUUGGACACAACUCAACCAAAAACUCCUUUAAACUCUUUUGAAGGCUUAGUCUUUGGUUUGGGUAAUCCAUUGCUUGAUAUUAGUGCUAACGUUGAGCCAGAGUUCCUCAAAAAGUAUAGUCUUCUGGCAAAUGACCAGAUUUUGGCCACAGAAAAGCACAAGAAUAUGUGCAAAGAUAUGAUUGAGAAAUACAAAAUGGAUUAUUCUGCCGGUGGAUCCAUACAAAACACUCUUAGAGUUAUGCAGUGGUUCUUUCAGAAAGUGCCAAAUGUUGCCACUUAUAUGGGAUGUAUUGGAAAUGAUGGCAACGGAAAGAUUAUGGAAAGUGAAGCAAAAAAUAAUAAAAUAAAUGCUAUCUAUUUGGUAGACAAGACUGUGUCAACCGGUGUCUGUGCGUGUCUUAUAACAGACAACGGAAAGAAUAGGUCACUAAUUGCUUAUUUGGGCGCAAGUCUUAAGUUUAAUAUCCAACAUAUGCUAACUAAUUACCAAUUCGUCCAAAAAGCCAAAUAUAUCAUAACUUCUGGUUAUCAUUUGACUGUCAGUUUUGAGUCAAUCAUGAAUUUGGCCAAACAUUGUGAAACCAAUGAUAAAAUAUUUCUAUUUUGUUUGUCCGCUCCAUAUGUCUCAACAAAACACUCCAAAGAGUUGCUACAACUUUAUCCAUACAUUGAUUACUUGUUUGCAAACGAGUCCGAGAGUCGCGAGUUCUCCGAAAUGAUGAAUUGGUCGACACAUGAGAUCAAAGAGAUUGCAUCACUAAUGGCUGAUAAAGAUAUCGAAAAGAAAAAGAGAGGAAGAAAAGUGAUUAUAACUCAGGGAAGAGCUAAUGUUUUGUUGGCAUAUUCUGGUGAUCCACACAUCAAAGAGUUUGAUAUAAUAAAAGUGUCGCAAAACAAAGUGAUUGACACCAAUGGAGCCGGAGAUGCAUUUGUCGGUGGCUUUUUAGCCCAACUCAUAUGCGACAAAACCAUUGAUGUCUGCAUUAAAUGCGGUAAUUAUGCGGCUUCUGAAGUCAUUCAACAGUCUGGAUGCAAAUUUCCAAAAGUAAAUAAAUUUAAAAUCUAA